AUGGCAAGGAGGAGGUAUAAUAUCCUAGCUGAAGGAUGCUCUGAUGCAAAAGAUUCUCCAGCAAAACAUCCGGACUUAAGUCUGACACUUGAGUCCUCUCUGAUUCUUUCUGGGACAAAAUAUCCAGAGCCCAGAACAAGAAUUUCCUUUAGUUUCAUAUCUACAGCGGAGUCUGGUGUUAUUAAGCUCUUUUUCGUCACAAUAACCCAUUCCAAAUCAAACUCUGAAUACUAUGGAUUCGAUUCAUCGGAAAGCUGUACGAUAGUCUCUCCAGACAGACUGGAUGUAGGGAAGAGAUAUGAGAUUUAUGGAAAACUUGAACAUAGAAGUCCCAGGGUGCUUUACUGUGCAAGUAUCAGGGAAAUAUGUUAUAGGAGGCUAUGCUACGAAAUAUUCUAA